AAAUCAGUUAAUCCGCAAAAAUGCUAGAGAAAUGUUGAUGCUAGAAUGCAUCUUUAUUAUAGUGGAGUAUGUGUUCCUCUUUCUAGAAAUCUCUCUCAGCCUCGUUUCUCUUGUUUUAGGCGUGAAAGGGCUUGAGGACUGUCCCAGCAAUCCGAACGUUCCGAAGUUUCUUAUUUUGGCAGGACUAAUGAUUUGGACAGAGUUUCUUAUAAUGGCCGUGCAUCUCUUCUUUUCUGUCCUCACAUUAAAAUGUAGUCCUGGCCUUUCAAACUUCAGUCUCAAGUUCGGAAUUAUACUCUGUAUUAUCUAUUCUGUUGGAGUAAACGUGGUGGGAACAGCGUACUCAUACAAACUCCUAGUUGGAAGAAACUAUGCUGCUAUUGAAAAAAUGUCAGGUUGUUCUGAAGAUUUGAGGGUUGGAGGAGCAGUUCUUACUUUUCUUCAUUGGAUUGUGACCAUAUCUACUCUUAUUCUCUGGUUGAAUAUACUAACCUACGAUAGGAUCUACAAGAUUAGAAACGAUAUUAAAUUCUUCUUCACUGGUAAUGAGGAUCGUGUAACUGGGAUUUGGAAUGAAAACGAUUCUUUUCAAAAUCUUCACGCUACAAUUGAUUUAGAGGAGAACACUAUUUCAAGUUCAGCUGGUUUCUGUAGACCUAAUUCUUUACUCAGAUCAAGAGGAAUUGAACUUGUCCAACUAGAGAGUUGAUGGAACAUCAGAAAUAACAAGUUUCAAGUGUAUUCUCAAAUAUUUGUAUUUUUGAUAAAAAGAAAACAUAUCACCAAUUAA